AUGCGCUCCUCUACUCUCCUCUCAACCGCUCUCCUCUGCGGCAUCUCCCUCGCCCACUUCGAGGUCAAGUAUCCCGAGACCAUCGGUUUCAAGGACGACAACGAGGGCGAGUCUCCCUGCGGCGGCUUCACGCCCGACCUCUCCAAGGACAAGCUCGUCGACUUCCACGUCGGCGGCGAGGCUAUCGCUCUGCUGUCGACGCAUCAGCAGGGCAAUUGGCUCUUCCGCGUGACGCUCAAUGAGAAGGCCGAUGGCGAUUGGGAGCAGGUCUUUCCUAUUGUUCAGCAGAGCGGUCUCGGUGCCUUUUGCCAGCCGCAGGUCACUGUUCCUGAGAAAUACGCUGGUAAGAAGGGUUGGGUCAACGUUGUAUCCUCUGCCGUCGACGGUCUUCUCUACCAGUGCAUCGCUGCCAACUUCGUCAAGGGCAAGGCCGAUCCUCCCAGCGACUGCAAGAACGCAACCUCGGUGAAGGCCUCAUUCGUCGACGACGACAAACUCUCCGCGCUCGUGAGCAACGACUCCAAGGCCGACUCCUCAUCGAGCGGCACCGCUUCAGGCACUGCUACCAGCACCGGCUCAGCUGCAUCCUCAACAACGAGCGACAACGCUGUCGCUGCGCUGCAGGCCUGGUCAGCCAACGGCGUCGGCAUGAUAACUCUAAUGACCAUUGCGGUUGCAGGAGGAGCUCUACUUGUUUAA